GAGAGAGAGAGAACCCCAUCCAACAUUCCACUCUGUUAAAUCUCUUUCUUUUUGGUGGUUCCCUUCAUGCUUGAUACCAAAGCUCUCCUCAAUCAUUCUCCAGACCCCUUAAAUGAAUGAGCUUUGAGCUUCUUUCAGCCGUAGCUGGCAUCAGUUGGUUUUGUGUUCUUGACACCAAAAAAUAAGCUUGUGGAUUUGGAGGUGUGGGGCCCAAAAAAGAUGAAAUUUUUUCACUAUAUGAAUGUUUUCUUGUUUUGAGUAACAAUAAUGGCUGAAAUUGGAGUUACAAGGGUAGUAGAGAAAGGUCAAACCAAAGUCAAAACUGUUCCAAUUGCAGUCACCCCAGAAGGUUUCUGGUGUUGUCCCUCACCAGUUGUGUUUCAAAAGUCUUCCAAGUCACAACACAACACUCUAAGCAAGCCCAAAUCAUCUCUGAAGAAACAAACAUCCAUAGCCGAGAAAAAACGGGCCAUUAAUGUUCCACAAUCUAGGCCAAACGUUUUUUCUGACUCACCAAAUGUUAGCACGUCGGCUGCAACAGAGCAGACCCAUCAGCCCAAUGUGCACAGGAAUGUUUCUAUUGAGUUUGGCGAACCGGGAACCAGUGAUCUUAGAGUGGUUUUGAAAGGGAAACAAGGGUUUGGCGUCAAGUUGAAUGUACACAGGGCAGUUUUGGCUGAGAAUAGCAGUUUCUUUGCCAGUAAAUUAGUGCCCGGACAAGAACCGGUUUUCCAGUGUAUUGAGGUUAAGGAUUGUGAUGAUGCUGAGAUAUACGUUGAAACCGUGGGUCUGAUGUAUUGCAAAGACAUGAGACCGCGGUUGAUCAAACAAAGUGUUUCGCGUGUUCUGCGGAUUCUCAAGGUUGCAGAACAGAUUGGAUUCAAAUCCUGCAUGCAGUCAUGCCUAGAACACUUGGAAGCCGUCCCUUGGGUGGGCGAAGAAGAAGAAGAAAAGGUAGUUGCGGCGGUGGCACGCCUACAAGGAGAGGGGAUGGGAGUGAACCCGGUUUUGAAACGGGUCUCGCCCGGAAUAUCCAAACAACCCAAAGACACACUCACUCGCAUCCUCGAAUCAGUGCUCAACAGCGACGACGAGAGAGGGCGGCGUGAGAUGAAAACGGUCGUACUAAAGCUCCUCAGAGAACACAGUUCCCAUCCGAGCUUGUCAGGCUCGGAUGAUAUGUGCAAUGAAAUUCUCCACACCUCUUGCAAAAGAUGUUUGUGUUCGUUGUCGGGUUUGUUCAGAAGACAAGAAGAAGAAGACGGCGAGUCGACUCAGAGGAAAAUUGCCGUUCAAGCCGAUAACCUCGAGUGGAUGCUUGAGAUGCUAACCGACCGGCAAGCCGGGGAUGGGUUCGCGUCCAUGUGGGCCAGCCAGAAGGAGCUGGCCUCACUGCACGCGAAGCUUCACGUGGUGGCCCGCCACCAUGUGAGCUUCAUCACAGCCAGGCUGUUUGUAGGGAUAGGGAGGGGGGAAAUCCUACCCUGCAAAGAGACGCGGCAUUGUCUCUUGGAGACAUGGCUAGAGCCGUUGAUGAACGACUAUGGGUGGCUCCAUCACGGGUCCCGGUCUUUUGACCGGAGAGCCGUGGAGGAAGGGAUCGGGCGGACGGUCCUGACCCUUCCUCUGGAGGACCAGCAGAGGGUUCUUCUGGCCUGGUUGGAUUCCUUCCUAAAGGCUGGGGACAACUGCCCUAACCUUCAGAGGGCUUUUGAAGUGUGGUGGCGGAGGACUUUCGUAAGGCCCUUUACGGACUCAUAAUGCAUUUAGAUCAAUUCUGGAUCGGGUGAAAUUGGAUCAGAUCCGGAUAUUUCACCUCGAUUGUAUGCUGGACUGGAGAAUCCAUGUAUUGAUGCUUGAUUUGGGAGAGAUGUAAUGCUAAAUAUAGUAAUAGAUGUCUCAUUGGUGUGAAUGUGAAUAUAUGAUCUGUGUGAUCUUAUAACUGGUUUAAUGUCAUUUUUUUUUGGGUGUUUUUUGGGUUUUGGAAGUUUUGAGCUCUUUGAUAACGCUCAAUAGUCUCAACAGUACUAAAGUUAAGAGCUUACC